AUGCGUCUCGCCACACCACACCACAAGUUCCAUCCACUUUCGAUUCGCACGUGUUCUCACCGUUUGCAUACAAAGCCACCUGCUUGUCUAUCGCGAUGCAAGGAUGAACAAUGGACCCACAGGGCUUUCCUUACUUCGACUGCAGGCUUCGAUAUCUGUAGGCGAAAUCUACUGAGGCCAACGUCGUCGACCAAUAAACGACAGCGGAUCUGGGCACCUAUAGGGACUGAAGUACAGUUACACGGAACUUCUUACCCCACAUGCCUGCUACUCUUCAGACCUUCAGGAGAACGAGGACGAUCUAUCACAAGGAUACAGAUAUUAUUUUUUUUUUUUUUUCUCUCUCUCUCUCUCUCUCUCUCUCUCUCUCUCUCUCUCUCUCUCUCUCUCCCUUUAUUGGCGAAGGUGACCCCCUCUCCUUCCUUCCCCCCUCUCUCCUUCCCCCCCUCUCUCCUUCCCUCCCCUCUCUCUCUCUCCUCCUUCUCCCCCUCUCUCUCCUCCUUCCCCCUCUCUCUCCUCCUUCCCCCCCUCUCUCUCCUCCUUCCCCCUCUCUCUCUCUCCUUCUCCCCCCUCUCUCUCUCUCCUUUUCCCCCCCUCUCUCUCUCUCCUUUUCCCCCCCCUCUCUCUCCUUUUCCCCCCUCUCUCUCUCUCCUUUUCCCCCCUCUCUCUCUCUCUCCUUAUCCUUUCUUCUUCUUUCUUCUCUUUAAUCAGAAAGAAAGAAAGAAUCAAAUUAAUUAUCCUUUUUUUAUUCUUUCUUUUUCUUAUUCUCUUCUCGCUUCUUCUUAUUCUUCUCUUCAUUAUCAUCAUCAUCAUCAUCAUCAUCCUCAACCAUCUUAUUUUAAUUAUCGUUCAGCGAUAGAAGCUCGGAUGGGCCUUCUCAAAAGAUCAUCUCCCGAAGUACAAAAGCGAAAAGCAAGGUACAGGACGACGUUUACUCCAUUUCAAUUGGACGAGAUGGAAAAGGCCUUUCAAAGGGCUCCUUAUCCCGAUGUCUUUGCCAGAGAAGAACUAGCCAUUCGUAUUGGCUUAAGUGAAUCACGUGUUCAGGUCUGGUUCCAAAACAGACGAGCUAAAUGGCGGAAGAGGGAGACACCAAGAAAAAAUAUUCUCUAUCCAACAGUUCCCGUCCAGAAUAUCCCCCACUCAGCGAUGCACCCAGGGGCGGCACCAACCAUAUCCGUCGCGACGAUUGAUCGAUGGUCAGCGAAUGGAUUCUAUGGCGACGGUUCCUUAAUGACAAACACCGAAUCACUACAAACGACAUCAGGACUUCCGUUCGCCAUUACUCGGAACAAUGGCGACCCAGUAAACACCAGAUCAGACUGUAACAGCUCAAGCAAAGGGACCAUAAACGUAAGCGCAGGUAACACUGGUAAUGUUCCGGGCGGUAAUAGCAUCAAAGGUUCGAUUCUAACCAGUGGUAAUACUGCGCCUCCACUACAACCCCAUCCACAUCACCAUCCACAUCACCAUCCGGUAAUGUUUUCCGGCAUACCUUGCACAAAUGCGUACCAGACAGCGGCCCCAACUGCUAGUCCUAACUACGCUGCUAUUAUGCCUCAAACGUACCCAUUUUUCUCUCCUUCCUAUGCAGCACCGUUCAUUGGCGGUCUUCCUGUGACAUUUGAUCCUGCAUCAGUGGCACUUGGAGGUCGGCCUUACAUAAUGGCUGCUCGCGGGUUAGUGAAUGUGCCUAGUUUUAGUGCUGGACUUCCAGAUGAGAGACUUUUGACUGAAAGAAGCAGAAAUCAUGAUCAAAAUACUGUCAGUGCCUAG